GCCAACAGGUACAGGUAAAUAUAGCGUCCUGGCGUUUCCUCCGAUCUCGCAUACCUGCCUGGAACUUUCCAAACUGUUUGGGAUAUGUCUGAAGCCUGGAUUACAGUCUGAUGUGCUCCUAAUACGAAUCGCGAUUCCAAUUGACUGUGGAAAGUGGUUGUAUAUUCGACCUGCGGUAUAUAUUCUUUGUUCUCUUUUCAUUGACGAUCGUAUUAUUGGAGAUUCGGAAUUUAACCAACCUGCGAUCCCGAUUCGGUGAAUAUUCAGUUUUGCUAAAGAUUGGAAUACAAAACAAGUGCUUUUCAAGCGUUACCCUUGAAGAAAUGAAUGUCAAUGCUGUGUUUGUGUCUAGUGUCUGGGGGAUUUCGUGCCUUAUACAGAAAUGGAUAAUCUAAGUAUCGAUGGUUUAUGACAUGAACGGAUGGUGAUUUAUGGAAUUCUGUGCAUCUGGAGCGCUGUUUGACGUAAAUCUCUAAUCGCAAUUAAGAGAAGUUAUCUUCAUCUUAUAUAACGAACCUACCAUUAAAUAAAAACACUAAUUGUGUUUGUGUAUAGUACUGAACUAGGUAUUUAUUAUGCGAUUCAUUAAAGGCCUUGAUGUGAGCGAAACAAUAAUCCAACUUCAUUAAAUAUCGAACUCUCUGUCGGACAUGUGUAAAUCUAUUUAAUACUACUAAAAUGCUAUCGCUCAGCACAUCUAUGUCGGACGUAGUCCCGGAAACAGAUCCACGGUGUGACGUCACUAGCACGCGCUAUGAUGACGACAUCGACGUGGAACGUAUUUUCGCGCGAUGUGAGCAACGAACCGUGUUUUCCAGACGGAAAUGUUUAUAUCAAGCUCCCGAGUUCGUUCAACGAUUACCGGCCACGGAAACUGUCGCAGAAGGAAGCUCGGUAAAUUUCGGGUGUAAAGUUUUUGGAUUCCCCGUGCCAUCGAUUACGUGGUACAAAGAUGACGAAGAACUUCCUCCAGAUGCGCGCGCAACAACCGGAAUUGAAGAGCCAGGGUCACAUACAUUGUCGUUAUCAAACGUCUCGAAAUGCGAUGGCGGGACGUACAAAAUUAAAGCCACGAAUUUGGAAGGUUCGUCAAGCAGUAGCCUGUAUAUAACUGUCAAAGCCAAAUCGAAACUCAGGAACAGAAAGAAAGCAAAAAGGUCGCGACAGGUUGCGCGCGUGCCUCUUUUUCCCGCCAUUAUCGAAGUCGAGGCUGACGAACGGCGGGAAACUCUAGAAACGGAACUACAACCGGAUUCCCCUCUGACGCCCAUGUAUUGUACGAUUUCGCGGAAAACCCCUGUGAUGUGGCCUGCCUUCUUGGGAGAUUGGGCGUAUAACAGUUCGGACGUUCUCAGGAAAGAUGAAAUAGAGGCAAUGGAUGCGGGUAACGAGGACGUCUUCGACUCGGAGACGGAGUCGGAAAACACCGAAAUUACACGAAGUUAUACGAAAUACACCGAACACGGCUUUGCCGAACUUAAACAUAAGCUUGAUAUGUCAAACCCUGAACAUCCUGUGACGUUAACAUGUAAAGCAGCUGUUAGUAAACCGCAGUGUACCGACAUGGCUGGUGGCAUUUACUUCAGUGCAAUUACAAAAACACCAAUCUCGACCGUUGUGGGUAACGAAUCGGGCGAUGAACAUGUGAAUAAACAACCUCAUGAUAACGGUCUUUCAGAACUUGAUGACAUGGACACUAGUGCUUAUCGUAGAUGCCAGAUAAGUGAAUACAUUUCUAGUAGCAACAAUGAAGCAAUGUGCGACAUUUUGAACAACAACAGUCACGAAAACGCUUUGGAGCACCAUGCAAAACACGCCGUUUUUAAAGACAGUGAAAAUAUCUGUGCUAUAAACGGCGAUGCAAAAUACUACUAUGACGAGUCUGAACCAGUAACUUCGAUAUCCGUACACAGAUCCUAUGCCACCGGAAGUUCCGCUCUUAUUCUGGCGAAACGCAGCCCAUCACCAUUUUCAUGUCGCUCCGUGCGCCGGUCGCCUCUCUCGAGUCAGACCGGAAGUGAAGUUUCUGCGCCGGACGUGAGUCACCUGCAAAACUUGAACAACGAGAGGAUACUACGGAAAAUGCAGGGGCAGAGAAUGCACGUGGACUUUAUUGCUAGGGUGUGGAAAUAUUGCGCGAAAAAUACGAACCACUGCACGUGGGACGAUAUCCUUGUCGAGUUGAUAUUUCUGAUAUGUGCAGGCACAUACGUUGCCUUGGUGUUUGACGUAGCACCAUCAUAUUUCGUUCUCGCCGUAAUUCUGAUACUGCUGCUAAAACUUGUUGCAACCCAUGUUUUACAGUCUUCGUGAUAUAAGUUGGCAUGUAGUGAUUGGUGUUGUUGCUGUUGUUGAUUUUUAUCACAUUGUUUGUUGGUGUUCUUGUUUUCCGAAUUAGAGCUAUUUAAACUUUUCCUAAAACCAUCAUCGUGUGAUAAUGUUCUUUUAAAUGUAUCGUGAGUUAUGGGCAUGCCCUUUAAACUUUGGCUCGAGUAGAAACAUAUAUGUGUAAGUAAAUAUAUUAUAUACCCGUCAAGACCAUGCAUCGAAACAUGCAUUUAUAUAUAUGAUAUAUCAACGUACAAAUGAAAUAACUUACUUUUUCCUAGUCUUUUGUGAAAACAAUCUACUGUAAAAAUCAUUUUUAUUCGUCAAAAUUAUAAAAGAAUCUUGAUUUAA